GGAGGCGGAAGGUGGCGAGGCGGGGCGCCGCCGCAGGAAACCUCCGAGCGGUGCCGGUGUUCGGCGGCCAUGGAGACUAUUUGGUGACGAUUGAAGAGAAAAGCAAAGCAACUUUCCUAAGAGCUUAUGUGAACUGGCGAUGCAUGUCUGCAGGCAGUUCUCGUGUUUGUGUCCGGAUGGUGGGUCACAAGAUGGAGGAGUCGUACACCGAAACCUUAAAAGAGCAGAUGUCGAUAGUGGAAAUGGCACUUUCAGAUCCUCCGCUGUGUAUUUCAUGUUGUCCUGUAAAUGGAGAUCUUCUUGUGGGCUGCAGGAAUAAGCUAGUCAUGUUCUGUUUGAAAUACCUGGUCAUAAACCAGAAUUGGACAGUAUUGGACUGUGAACGCUCCUUAAUUUUACACACUGAUAACUUCAUUCCUGCCGAAGUUGCAUUUUGCGCUAGGCACAUAGCGAUAACAACAGAGUUGGAUGUUCUAAUCCUGAAACUGGACCUGGUCCAGCAUAGUGCAGACAGGGGAGAGCAAUGCGCAUAUCAAGUUAGUACAACAGAAAAGCUGGUGGAUGGAGGCAUUUUACACCAGACCAGUCCCCUUUUGGCUUUUGUGAAGAGACGAAGCUGCACUCUGUUCAGUUCCUCCCU